AUUAGACCAUUUUAACCACUAUGAGGGGUCCUCUUCUUGCUUGGCAGUGCUGCCAAUUAUUUUUACAGGAGGAAUCUGCUUAAAAGGGCCUGUCUUUAUUUUGCACACAAAAGAAAAAGCAACCAUUCUCAUGCUUUCUGCAAGAUUCUUAAAGGGAGCUCUGCAUGUUCCACAGAGCAGCUGCAAAACCAUAUUGGUGCAGACUGUCAGCUUCAUCUUUACAGGGAUUUAAACUAAGAAUGUCUGAAAAGGGUCCCGAUAAGCUAUAGUAUUUUGCGGCUUCUCACAAGGAGAAUAGAUAGAUAUUUGUGAUCUGUACAGACUUGCUUAUGAUUAGAUGGUUCUUCAGUUCCAAAGCUUGCCUGUUCAGCAUUUCAUGGUCCAGAGGGUGUUCAAGACACAUCUCGCAGUAUGCCUGCAUUGAUUUAAAACCAGCAACCAGAGACAAGCCUGCAUCAAGACGGAGUGGAUGUUGCUUCUUAUGGUUAAUCAUGAAGGUACAGCUUUAUAUUUCUGAAAGCACUUGACUACAUGGAUGUUUUUGUCUAAGCAGUAGAAACUGCUGCAAAGGAAGAUUUGAAAACCAAGUUGUCUUCUCUUCUGCCUGCUUUACCAAGUUCGGAGCUUAUCAUUUACUUGUAUCCUAGGGACACAGUCCUGUUCUCUGUCCUGCAUCAGCUACCACUGCUGUUUCUGCUACUUUGUCAUCUUGGGAGUGCAGCUUUGAAGACUCCUUUAGCAGCAUUUUGGACUGAAAUAUCAAGCCAUUCAGUAUAUAGCCCUGUUUUUAGGCUCUGGGAAGCUUUGCCUGCUGUCUAAGGUUUGGAUUGUGAAUAAGGUUUAUUGAGGAAGCAAUGCAAGUCUCCAUAGCUUGCACGGAACAUAACUUGAAGAGUCGAAAUGGUGAAGACAGACUUAUGAGCAAACAGAGCACCACUACCCCAAAUGUAGUGAAUGCAGCCCGGGCAAAAUUCCGGACAGUGGCUAUUAUUGCUCGCAGUUUGGGAACAUUUACCCCUCAGCACCAUAUCUCUUUAAAAGAAUCCACUGCAAAGCAGACUGGCAUGAAAUAUAGAAAUCUUGGGAAAUCCGGAUUGAGAGUUUCAUGCUUGGGCCUUGGGACAUGGGUCACAUUUGGAGGUCAAAUUUCAGAUGAGGUUGCUGAACAACUAAUGACCAUUGCUUAUGAGAGUGGAGUAAAUCUCUUUGAUACAGCGGAGGUGUAUGCAGCUGGAAAGGCGGAGGUGAUUCUGGGAAACAUAAUAAAAAAGAAAGGCUGGAGGAGAUCCAGUCUGGUCAUUACAACAAAACUCUACUGGGGUGGAAAAGCUGAAACAGAAAGAGGGCUUUCAAGAAAACACAUUAUUGAAGGAUUAAAGGCCUCUCUCCAGAGACUGCAACUUGAGUAUGUGGAUGUAGUCUUUGCAAAUCGACCAGACAAUAAUACCCCCAUGGAAGAAAUUGUCCGAGCAAUGACACAUGUAAUUAACCAGGGAAUGGCAAUGUACUGGGGAACUUCACGCUGGAGUGCUAUGGAGAUCAUGGAAGCCUAUUCUGUGGCAAGACAGUUUAAUAUGAUUCCACCUGUAUGUGAACAAGCUGAAUAUCAUCUUUUCCAGAGAGAGAAAGUAGAAGUUCAGCUGCCAGAAUUGUACCACAAAAUAGGGGUUGGAGCAAUGACGUGGUCUCCACUCGCCUGUGGUAUCAUCUCAGGGAAAUAUGGAAAUGGGGUCCCUGAAAGCUCAAGAGCUUCUCUGAAGUGUUACCAAUGGCUAAAGGAAAAGAUUGUGAGUGAAGAAGGAAGAAAACAGCAAAUAAAGCUGAAAGACCUGUCUCCUGUGGCAGAACGCCUUGGAUGCACACUACCUCAGCUAGCAGUUGCCUGGUGUCUGCGGAAUGAGGGUGUGAGCUCUGUUCUUUUAGGAUCUUCUAAUCCAGAGCAACUGAUUGAAAACCUUGGAGCUAUACAGGUUCUCCCAAAGAUGACAUCACAUAUUGUAAAUGAAAUAGAUAAUAUUCUGGGGAAUAAACCCUACAGCAAGAAGGACUAUAGAUCAUAAUGCAAUGCAUGACUAAACUGGACUGCAUGGUUAAAAUAAUGCUCUGUACAUAGUACAGUACUGAAUUACUAUCCGGUCAUUAGACUCAUUCAGCAGCUUGCUGCUACUGUUACUGGAUUCUUCGAGGUAUGUGCUGUUGCUACCAACUUACAAUGAAAUUCUAAAGCACAGUUGAUCUCUCUUACAACUGAAAAUAUUAUUUGUAUUUUCUUAUUUCCAACUGAAAUCAUUCUUACUUUACUCUUAGCACCUCAUGCUUAUGCAGUGAAACAUGUAAAGCAAAAAAUGAUUUAUAACCUUUAGGUACUUGGUAAUUAAAGAAGGAUGUACAGAUAUAUUUUUUCAAUUAACAAAAGCCAGGUUCAACUUAGGGUUUUAAUAAAACCACCUUUUAGGCUAUUUCAACUUUAAAGGCUCUUCAUCUAGAUCAGUGCUUAGAGUGAACAUGAGUCAGUUCAGAAUUUCAAUUUGCAGUUUUUUUAUGCUGAAUCUAAGCUUUAGGCAGCUUAGUGCUGUAGCUGAAAAAGGACUUUGAAGUCAGAACACUAAUUAGAAGUUGUAGAGUUCAACUGCUAAACAUUCUGGUUAUUUCAGUGUUUUGCAUACAGAAUGUGCUCAACUGCUCCACGCUGCUAAGAGAAGUAUCUGAGUUUAAGUCAAGAGAGCACAGCUGACAAAAGAAAACGAACGCCAGUGAGGCGAGCCAGGUUUAUAACAAUUGCUGUUUGCAGAACUCUGGUUCUGCAUAAACUGUGAACCAAGGAAUCCAUGAUUAAAUAGUGCUUUUCUCUAUAUUUUAUAAAAACUGCCUGCUUGCGGGCAUAGCUACCGCAAAUUUGGAUAUUCAUAAGCUUUUAAGAUGACUGUAUAAAAUAUAAAUUUGCUGUAAAAUGCCAAGAAAACGAGGUAUUUGUUUAGGUGCAGUGGUGCAUUUUCUCUAACUUGGGCUGAAAACAGUCACAAGUAAAAUAUUUAGUUUUUCUGAGAAGUUAUUUUUAAACAGUUUAAUUUUUGUUGCAAGUGUUUCAUCCCUAUGCUGAAAUCACUGUAUACAUGUAUUAAGUCAUUUUAAGAACAGCUUCAGAAGUACAGUAGCUGUUUUGCUUUGUAAAAUGCAUUUAUGAUCCAUCAUGUCAGUAUUUCACCCAUGUAUUACAUCCUGAAGGGUGCAGUUAUAUAUAGCAUAUGUAGGACCCUGGUAUUCCAUUUUCCUUAAUUUCAGAACAUCUGGUGUGUACAACACUUUGUGACACAUAAACACAACAUAUAUACUGAUAUUUAAGUUGUUUUUCUUUUAAUGUAUUUAAGCCAAUGAUAUGUGGUAUAUGUAACUGAACUUAGUUGCUGUUUAUCAGGAACUGCAGUUUGACUUCAACUUCUGCUUGGACACAAUAAAAGCAUUUUGUGCACCUAAGCUUUUAAGUAGAAGAAUUGAUUACACAUAGCAAUUUUUCUUAUGGCAAGGAAAUAUAUGCACGCAAGUUAUUUUAAAAAAGCAAGAUCCUAGUUCAAUAUAACAUUACUUGGAAUGUAGAUACAAGUAAUACUAUUCCAGUGGGGCAACAAUCAUAUUAGGCCAAGUCUGUUUAGCAUAAGCAAAAUUGACUUUUGUUCACUAAUGCAAGAUUCUGGUAUCAAUUAAAAGAUGUGAUCCUCACAAGGUACUAAGCACAGCCCUGUAAGUUGAGUGAAACUGCCUGAGAUUCUGUACUAAAAUGAACAAGGCAAAAAGAUUCUGACACUUUGCGCUUCUACACGUGCCCCUAUGCUGCCGUUGUUACUGCACCAUCAUUUAAUACUUCCUUUUAGAAGUACUAAAUGACAGCGCAGUAACAGCCCAUGUUGUGCCAUGCCAAUGGUCCACAGUUAUUUUUAGCUGCUACAUCACUGUAGCAACAUGCUAUAGCAAGGGAGCGCAUUGCUACGGUGACAUAGCUGCAGUGUCACAGAUUGUGCCUGCCAACACUACAGCGACAUAGCAUCUCAUGUAGACGUGCCCACUAGCUCACUGAGACCUUGCUAUGUUUCAAUCAGCAGCUGCCCUCAAGAGGGUACACACUGGGAUGGGAAAUUGUCAUUGGUAGAUGUGAAGGAUAUCUGGCACAGUUCAUUUGACCUGCAAACUGUUAGCUUAUUUUUAUAAGCAUCUAUACCUGAUACUUCAGAGGUAUAACUGAUGCUGUGAGUUUUGUUGAUAGAAAUAAAGCUUUUAAAUAAGACUCUAAGAACUACUGAUUUAAAGCAUGUGUAAAAUAUAAGAGUUUCAGAAGUUAAUAUGCAAAUGAAUUAUUCUCCUGCAGUUACCAGAUGAACUAUUUCCUAAAUUAUGGACCAGUUCCUUUUCUCACCUUGGGGCACAGUUCUGAUACUCCCUCCUCCCCAGACCAUUAGAGAAUCUAGCCCAAAGUUACUAAGAAUUCCUACCUGUUGUAGAGAAUUAAUGUAAAAAAUGCUCAUUAAAGAGGAAGAUGGCACUGCUCAUUAUUCAGAGAAAGCUAAUGUAAAAUCUGCCUAGCAAUGUGAUGCCAAGCAAUAAACCAGCUUUGGGCUAACCUUCAACAUCAUACGUAUGAAAGCAAGAGCAGCUGCCAGUGUAGAUUACAAAAACAGACAAUCAUCAUCACUUUAGACACACUCCUGUCAUCUCUUUGAUGUACAGACAACAAUCUCCUCUGAAAGGAGAGACAGGAUUGGAGAACCUUGAUUAUGCAAGCAGGACAGGUUUGGAGAAAAUGAUUUCUUUAAACUUCAUAAAAAAGGCUUUUUCUUUCUUUUAGCUUCAAAUGUUUUUUCAGGCUUUUUAUCGUGUGACAUUGGCUAGCAAAAGAAAAAGAAAAUAAUGGGCUUCAGGCCUCAGGACCUGUCAAUACAUAUACAUGAAAAAACUAAGCUAAAGCAAAGAGAGAUUAUUAAAAAGAUUCAAUGAGCUGGCAGUAACAGACUACGAAAGAGCUGUUCUGGCUUGCUUUUAUUAGGAAUCUGCCCUGUACAGAAAAAUACAUACAAUUUUCUAAAGGGAUGAAAGUGAGGCCCUGCUCCUGGAGCAUUUGCGUAUGUUGACACUGAGCGUUAUUAGUCAGUAGGACUACCCAUGUGCUGUAGCAUUUGAUGGACUGGGGACCACUUGAGGGAUUGUAUUUGUACUGACUGUUUUAUUUCUCUUCUCCCUACCACAGACUUGUAAAAAUGUUGUUCCUUUCUGAAGAGAUAAAAUCAACUAACUCUAUUAAAAAGAUACUUAUUUCACAA